AUGAAAGCUAUUGAAGGGAAUUUACAUCAACUCGAUGAUAAGAAAGGAUCGAAAGUUGUUGAAAUGUUGAAAAUUGGUGAAAUACUUCGUAAUAGGUAUACAAUCGAAAAAAGAAUAAGCCAUAGCAAUUAUAAUCAAAUCUAUCGUGCUUAUGAUAAUGUUAAAUCUCGACCGGUAGUAGUAAAAAUUGCAACACCUAAAUUGGAUCCAAGACGAAUGAAAAUUGAACAAAUGGUUUUAACUUUACUACGUGGAAAGAAUCAUUUCGUGCCAUUAAUUGGUAUGGGACAAAUUCAUAAUGUGCCAUAUCUUGUCAUGGAUCUUGUUGGUCGUAAUUUAGCUGAUAUACGUGAACAGUAUCCACCUAAACGAUUACAACCAAUAACCGUUUAUCGGAUAUCCAUACAAGUUAUAAGUGCUCUGCAUGACAUGCAUACUGCAGGCUUUUUACAUCGUAAUAUUAAACCAUCAAAUAUUUGCACUGGUAGAGGAGCACAGAAACGAAUAAUUUAUCUUCUUGAUCAUGGUAUGGCGCGAAUGUUUACCGAAAUAGAUGGCCGAAUUCGAAAGCCACGUAAUCGUGCAGGUUUCCGUGGUACGUUACGUUACGUAUCAUUGACAGUACAUUCACGUGCUGAAACUGGUCCACGUGAUGAUCUAAUCGCAUGGUUUUAUUCAAUGGUAUUUGCAUAA